AUGGGCUGCGUCAGCUCCAAGAAGGCAAGGGCCCGUUCGCAGGGCCGCAGCAAGAGCACCAAGUCGGGCGCUCGAGCCGAGCCCGGCCCAAUUCAUGUCGGGCCGCUUGAAGAAAUAAAUGUGGAGCCCAUCAAGAGCAGCAAGUCGGGCCCUCGAGCCGAGCCCGGCCCAAUUCAUGUCGGGCCGCUUGAAGAAAUAAAUGUGGAGCCCGAGAAGGACGCGGUGUUGGAGGGGAAGGGUGACGUGGUGGACGACCGGGAAUCUUGGAAUGCGGAAAAAAGUGGCAAUCUUGACAAUGUUUCGGAUGAUUUGAAGGCCAUCGAGAAAAGGGAUGAUGAGCAGACGCAGCCGGAGAUUAAAAUUGGGAAGCUGCCGGAGGUCCAACUGGCAGCAGCAGAAUGGCCGGCCUGGCUGACAGCAGUGGCCGGAGAAGCCAUCAAUGGGUGGGUGCCGCUGAGGUCCGAUACUUACCAAAGAUUGGGAAAGAUUGGACAAGGCACGUAUAGUACAGUUUACCGUGCACGUGACUUGAAAACCGGUAAAAUGGUCGCCGUAAAAAAAGUCCAGUUCGACACUUUCAUACCGGACAGCGUGACGUUCAUGGCCCGGGAGAUUUUGAUCAUCCGCAAGCUCGACCACCCGAACAUCAUGAAACUCCAAGGCAUCAUCACUUCCCGAUUUUCAUGCAGCAUACACUUGGUUUUUGAAUACAUGGAGCAUGACCUAGCCGGGCUUUUAUCGUGUCCUGACAUAAAAUUCACCGAAUCUCAGAUCAAAUGCUAUAUGCAGCAGCUGUUGAGUGGAGUCGAGCAUUGCCACUCGCGAGGUAUAAUGCAUCGUGAUAUUAAGACCUCAAAUAUAUUAGUAAACAAUGAGGGGAUUUUGAAAAUAGCCAAUUUUGGGCUCGCAAAUUUUGUGAGGCCCGAAAGCAAGCAGCCAUUGACGAGCCGAGUGGUGACCUUAUGGUACCGGCCUCCCGAGCUGCUCCUGGGGUCCACGAAUUAUGGGGAGUCGGUUGAUUUAUGGAGCGUGGGCUGUGUUUUUGCGGAGCUUUUUAUCGGGAGGCCACUUCUCAAGGGCAGAACUGAGUUCGAGCAGUUGCAUAAAAUCUUCAAGCUCUGUGGUUCGCCACCGGACAACUACUGGAGAAAGUCUCGAUUUCCUCUGGCAAGAAUGUUCAAGCCCCAGCAACCUUACGAGAGCAAGCUUAGAGAGAGAUGCAAAGAAUUUCCGAAAAGUGCAAUCGGAUUAAUCGAGACUUUUCUCUCGGUCGAGCCUUACAAACGCGGGACUGCAUUUUCUGCGCUCAAUUCUGAGUAUUUCAAUACAAAGCCGUACGCAUGUGAUCCAUCAAGCUUCCCAGAAUACCCACCGAACAAAGAGAUCGAUGCUAAAAUCCGUGAGGACUACAUGAGAAGGCAAAGGACCAGUGGUCCACGGGCUGAAACGGGUUCAAGAAAUCCAUGGAGAGUUCCAAGAGCCUCACAAGAAUCGAGCGAAUUUAACAAAAUGCUUCCAGCAGAGGUCCUCUCUUCUUCCCAAAUCAUUCAAACAAAAUGA